AUGCAAGUUUUUAGAUCCCAAGAUGUGGUUGAUUAUGAUCCACGUGCUGACAAUGCAACACAUGUGCACUAUACUGAUGGGAUAAAAAUAUUUAAAGUUGAGACUAUGGCUGAAAAGGUUAUGGAAAUAAAUAGCUUGAUGGAUCAUGUGUUGCUGGUUGGGCUGAACCAAUCACUUUGUCUCAGUGCUGAAGAAUAUCCACAGUUGAAGGCAAACACCGUCUAUGUUGCUGACGACCACGAGUAUCUAAACUAUUACAAGAAUAACCGCCGUGACAUUGCAGCUUUUGACUUAACAUAUAACAGUAGUGAGGAACUUGUCUCCCCUCAGCUUUGGUCCAACUGGCCUACUCCCAUAUGGAUAACCCCCAGUCUUACAAAAUGGCAUCCAACAUUGGACAGACAAUGA